CCAUUAUUAGUAUACAUGUAGCUAAAUUGUCAUGAUGGAUAUAUCUUCAUUCGUGAAUCCUAUAUAUAGAUAUUGCUAAAUUGUUGUAACCACUUGACUUAACUAUAUUUAUUUACAAUGUCAAUGCAUUUUAAGUCUUGUCUAUCUUCUUUGAAACUACAAAUCAUCCCAACAAAUUCACAACUUCCCAAGUGGAACAUUGACACUGUUAAACUAAAAAGACGCAACACACUCAUAGGUAUCAGCAGUUCUGACAAACUUGAGGUGGUUAAGCAUGAAUUUAAGAAUGUUGGUGAAAGCUCAUUGAAAGGAUUGCACAUGAUUGAUGUCAUGCAACGCCUAAAUAUUGAUUACCACUUUCAAGAAGAAAUUGAAGCAUUCCUGACAAGAGAAUAUGUGUGUCAUCAUCAUGAUCUUCACGAAAUUGCACUUCGCUUCAGACUAUUAAGACAACGAGGUCACUUUGUUCCUUCAGAGGUGUUUAACAAGUUCAAAAAUAAGGAGGAAAAGUUCGACCCAAAGUUAGGUGAAAAUAUCAAAGGAAUGAUAGAUUUGUUUGAAGCCUCACAUUUGAGCAUGGCAGAGGAAGACAUACUUGAUGGAGCUAAAGAAUUUAGUAUGAAGAUUCUAAAAGAAAAAGUGGCACAACUUGAUAAUCGUGAAGCUAUGUUUGUAAGGAAAACCUUAGAAUAUCCUUUUCACAAAACUUUGCCAAUGUUCACUUCAAGAAAUUUCUACUAUGGUCAUUUAUAUGGCACAAAUAAAUGGUUUGAUUCUCUGAAAGAAUUAGCAAAAGUGGAUUUCAGUUUUUUGCAACACUUACGACAUCAGGAGAUUAUUGAAAUUUCUAAAUGGUGGAAAGAACUUGGUUUAGCCAAUGAAUUACCAUUCGCUAGAAAUCAACCACUUAAAUGGUAUAUGUGGUCAUUGGCAUGCCUCGUGGAUCCUACUUUAUCCGAAGAAAGAAUUGAGCUCACGAAACCGAUAUCACUAAUCCAUAUAAUUGAUGACAUUUUCGAUAUUUACGGGACUCUGGAUGAGUUAACUCUGUUCACUGAAGCUGUUUCAAGUUGGAAUAUUGACACAGCUAUGGAGAAACUGCCGAAUUAUAUGAAACCAUGUUUCAGGGCUCUUUAUGAUCAAACAAAUGAAAUAAGCUCCAAGAUUUAUGAAAAGCACGCGUUGGACCCCAAAGAUUCUCUUCAAAAUACAUGGAAGACUUUAUGCAAAGCCUUUCUAGUUGAAGCAAAGUGGUUUGCUUCAGGGAAGAUGCCAAGUGCUGAAGAAUACUUAAAGAAUGGGAUAGUAAGUUGUGGAGUGCAUGUAGUGUUGGUUCACCUUUUCUUUAUUUUGGGUAAAGGAAUAACCAAACAAAAUAUUGAUAAAUUAGAUACAAUCCCACCCAUUAUUUCUUCUCCUGCUACAAUUCUUCGUCUUUGGGAUGACUUGGGAAAUGCAGAGGAUGAGAAUCAACAAGGAAAUGAUGGAUCCUAUGUGAGUUGUCUAAUGAUGGACCAACCAGAGUACUAUUGUAGGAGAAAAGCAACAGACGAGGCUAUGACUAAAAUAUGUAAUGCAUGGAGAAGUCUCAACCAAGAGUGUCUAUUUGAUAGCCAUUUCAAUAAAGAAUUCAGAAAUGCCUCACUCAAUCUUGCAAGGAUGGUACCAUUGAUGUAUAGUUAUGAUGAUCAGCACUCCCUUAUUGAGUUAGAGGAUCAAGUUCAUUCAUUGCUUUACGAUAAACUUUUAUAAUACUACAUAAAAAUAUGUUGAAAAGGGACUUAUUUAUUCUGCAAUGGAAGAAGUUAGAAACGGAAGAA